UAGAAACCUCAGGAGCCGCUGGAUUCGCCCCGCCCCCGAGGUCAAGGGUCAGGGGUCAGCGGAUGGCGAAAGAUCUGCUACAAGUGGUGGAGAUCCGAGUUCCUGGCCCUAUGGCGUCGCCGCAGCGCUGUCCUCUGUGCCGCCAGACCUUCUUCUGUGGUCGCGGGCACGUCUACAGCCGCAAACACCAGCGGCAGCUGAGGGGGGCUUUGGAGCGGUUUCUGCCCCAAGUGGAGGCCGCCCGCAAGGCCGUCCGCGCUACUCAGGUGGAGCGUUAUGUACCUGAGCACGAGAGGUGCUGCUGGUGCCUCUGCUGCGGCUGUGAAGUGCGGAAACACCUGAGCCACGGCAACCUGACGGUACUGCACGGGGCGCUGCUGGAGCAUCUGGCCAGCCCAGAGCACAAGAAAGCGACCAACAGAUUCUGGUGGGAGAACAAGGCUGAGGUCCAGAUGAAAGAGAAGUUUCUGAUCUCCCCCCAGGACUAUGCACGAUUCAAGAAGUCCAUGGUGAAAAGUUUGGAUUCCUAUGAGGAAAAAGAGGAUGAGGUGAUCAAAGAGAUGGCAGCUCAGAUCCGUGAGGUGGAGCAGAGCCGGCAGGAGGUGGUCCGAUCUGUCUUAGAGCCUCAGACAAAGCCAGAUCCAGAAGAGGGCUCUUCAGCACCUGGAAGCUGGAAAGGGACAAACAGCCAAGUAGCCUCCAGUUCACAGGACCCUUCAUUCCUGGACCUGCCACCGGCUCCAGAACUUGACUGGAUGGAGCCCAGACAACCUCUGACAUUCAUUGGCCACCAGCUAAGUGUGUGCAGCCAGGGCAGGGCUCUGUUCCUGUCAAACAGCAGGCACUAUUUGGACAUAUCCAUCAUUAAGACCGUGAGCCUCCUGAUCCUGAGGCCAGGACUGUUUCAGUGAUUUAUUGCACUGUUGAGAUUCAGCACCAUCAAGAGUACAGAAUUGGCACAGUUGUAUCCACCUCCUUUAAAGUCUGCUUUGUCACUCUCUCUUAAGUAUCCUUAUCAUCUCUCAGCUUAUCUAGGAUUUUUUCCCAUUUCCACUACAGGAUAUACCCGGAGUUGGUAACAUCCACUCAGGUAAGGUACUAAACAAUGUUUUUAAAGCUGUAAGAAAUAAUUUGUGAAAAAAAAUAAUUUGUGAUUUGGCAUAAAGCUACCAUUACCACCCAGCUUUUCCACUAUUUACCCAAAAGAACCCAUCUAAAAGAAUUGUACACAAGCCUCAAACUGGCAAGUCCAGAUGUUCAUCAGCAGGUUAAGAUUAACUGGAUAAUACCCAACAAUGAAGAGAAAUUCUGACAACACAGAUGAAUCUCGACAUAUUUAGGAUGGAGCUAAACCUCACCCUAAAAAUAUACCAUUUAUAGAUAAAACAAAAAUACAAAUUAAAGCUACAUUAGUGGUUUCCUGGGACAGAAAGGGCUAUGUAUUUUUAUUUUGGUGCUGGGAAUCAAAUCCAGGGCUUCAUGCAUCACUGAGCCACCUUCCCAGCCUCAGGAGAAAUUUUAAUGGACUGCAAGAAUGCUUGUGUAAUACACAGGGGCUUUGAUUGUGGCUAUUUCCAGUGGGUGUGGUGGUGCAUGCCUGUAAUCCCUAAUCUCAGCAUUUAGCAGGCUGAGGUAGGAUUGGUCAAAUUCAAGGCCAACCAUAGAGAGACCCUGUCUAAAAACACCCCUACCCCAAGUUUCUGACAUGAGUCACUAUGUAGUCCAGGCCGGCCUCAAUCUUUCAGUCCUACUGCCUUACUCUCCCAAAUGCUACAGUUAUUACAGGCACACACUGCCGUGCCUGGGUUUUAUUUUUUAAUGUUUCUAGUUCUCUGCUGGGUGAGGUAAGAAAAAGGCCAGGGAGAGUGGCACAUGUCUAUAAUCCCAUCUACUCAGGAAGCUGAGGCAGAAUACAAACUCAAGGCUAUCUUGAUCAACUUAAAACCCUGUCUUGAGAUAAAAAAUUUUAAGCUCUUUAGCGCAGUUCUAGGAAAUGGUAGAGUGCCCCUGUGUUCAAAGCCCCCAGUAUUAAAAAACAUCUUUUAAUUUUUGCCUAACGGGUCUUCUUCCAGGUGCCACACCUCCUUGGAUGAUUCAGGAUGAGGAAUACAGCUCUGGGAACCAACAAAUAGGCCCUUCCUAUGAAGAAUUUCUUAAAGAAAGUGAGUAGCCUGAUUUAAAAAGGCAGAAAGUUCUUCAGCUCUUCACAAUCAAGUCUUUCCUUGUCAUUGCAGAGGAGAAACAAAAACUGAAGAAACUACCCCCAGACCGAGUCGGAGCCAACUUUGAUCAUAGCUCUAGCACCGCUGCAGGCUGGCUGCCUUCUUUUGGCAGAGUCUGG